AUGGAGAGUGAAGCUGGUAAUCAGCCCAAGCAUGAACGUUCAAGGACAAGGUGGACAGCAUCUCUUGAUAAGAUAUUUGCAGAUUUGGUUGUGAAGCAAAUUCAACUAGGUAACAGACCCAACAAUGUUUUUGACAAAAAGACAUGGAACCAUAUUCGUGAUGAAUUUAAUAAGCAAACGGAUCUCAACUUCAACAAUAAUCAACUGAGGAAGCACUUGGAUGUUCUGAGGACUCGCUUUUACAAUUUGAAGUCAAGUUAUGAUCAGAGUAAUGAUUUCACUUUAGAUGAGACAUGUUGCAUUGGUUUUGAUCUGUGGGAAGACAUUGGGCCGCAACAACCUAGGCCUGAAGCUAUCAAAGUGAAGGACUGUCCCAUAUAUGAGCAGCUAUGCACAAUAUUUACAGAUUCGUCAGCUGAUGGGAAGUACGCCCAAUCUAGUCACUACGAAGAAUUGGACAAGUCUGCUGGAAUGGAAAAUGGGGUUUUAAGUUCAUGUCCAGAAAAGGAGAUCCCUCAUUCUGAAAACUUGCUGCCACCACCACUGAGACCUGCACAAGUAAACAUGCCAUCAGCAGCAAAGGUAGUUAAGGUAGCUGCUGAUAAGAAAAAGAAACGUCCAUCUGAGACUGAGUCUUCAAACGAUCAAUCUAGAAGGGAUCAAGACAUAUGUGAUGCUAUGGUGCGGACCAUGUUAGAUAUGCUUGCUGCUUCGAAGUCCAGGGGGGUUGCAACAGCACCUAGUGAUAAAAAAUUCACCAUAACCAAUUGCAUCAAAGCAUUGGAUGAGAUUGAAGGCAUUGAUCAACUUACCUAUUUUGCUGCAUUGGACCUCUUUGGGGACCCUAACAUAAGAGAGACUUUCUUAUCUUCGAAAGACAAAAAUACGCAGUUGACAUGGUUGCAAGGGAAGUGUGCUAAAACUACCCCUAAUUAG